UUGGUCGUACAGAGUUACAGUUUCCUAGGGGUGAGGUAAUGCUGUUGAGUGAGAGCAGAGUCCCUUGGCAGGCUUUCGCUCUGCACACUGUUGCUUGCUCUUGUUAAGUUGGGCGAGCUUCCGGUUCGGCGUCCUUCUUGAUUAGUGCGUAGAUGCUGUGCAAGUGGGAUCAGCGGGAACCUCUUCUGUAGUUCCAGUAGCCUUCUAGCGAAAGUAGCCCCAUUGAUCUAGUGGAGGGAACAAGUGUCACUCACAGUGACAGGCAUGUCAGCAUUCAGUAUCCGUUAUCCACAAGACUCAAUAUGCAUAGUAUCAGCUUUAGAAAGCCGAUGACAAAAACAAGAAUCCUGCCUUUUGGAAGGCUUCGUGUGACAGCUGCCCAAGCGUUUUUUCUUUGCCCCUUCGUUGUUUACCCAUGUGAAUGUACUCCUGAGAUGGCAGCAUCUAUGCUGUGAAAUUGUCAACGCUAAUUGAUCCCAUUAGCAUCAUUCUUUGAGUUAAGCGCAAUAUAAUGACGGUUCUCCAGUCACCUGUCAACUCUUUCGUUCUCAUUUUCAAAGCUCAGCUCAUUCUCUUGUAUUAAAAAGUGCGUGCAGUACUGGGGACAGGGAGGAGCAUGUUGUCACUUGAGGGAGACUGCCUGAGAAAUGUUACCGAGUCAGGGCUGGGUGUUUCCUCAGAAGAGAACAGGCCUAAACAGAACCUUCCCUAUCUGCAGUUACCAGCAAGGCACCGCAAGUGAGAUUGGAGAUGCUGCUCUGGUUGGCUUUUGUAACGAAGUACAAAUUAAGCAACUGGAAAAAGUACUAAUCAGAAGAUUAAGAGUGAAGAGUGCUGCAUUUUUAAAGGACGAUUUUCACAUAAACUGAGUUUCUUACACAAAAAAAGUGGAAAGUUGGUGGGAAAAACAACUGAAAAUCCAAAAGCCAGUAUAUAUUUGAAGCUAGUUUGUUGGAUUUUGUGCACAUUACUCUUAAGGUUUUUAUAUAAAAUGGGAAAACUAACCCUUACUUUAGAAUUAAUCUAAGCAUCAGAUGUUUUAAAGCCUUCAUUUAGUUCUGAGCCAUGGUAGGUGUUUCAUAGUUAUCAGUAAUAACAACUUUAUAUUGAACACUGUCAGGCCAAAGCAAAAACAAGGUAUGGGAGGCGUAAGUGAGUGAUAACAGAAUACACUGAUUCGAUGUGUGGAAGUAGAUUGCAUUAAGCAGGGGUGUCAUGAGGGCUGAUGUGAUAGUGACCUUGUUGCUAAGUACAGAAGCAAAACAGUGACAUAAAAACAAGUGUGUUGAGUACCGAGUGGAGGAGAGAGAUGGAGGCAGGCGCUGCAGGGGAAAAAAAAGCUGAUUAAAAAGGGCCCUUUGAUUCCACAGGCACAAAAAUCCACAGCCAGGAAUUUGCUGCCACCUCUGAGUCAGGCAGGGGGUGGGAGGUGGGGUGCACGGUCCCAUCAGAGAAUGCCCAGUGGAUUUCAACGUGAGAGGCACAGUUCUGACUUGGACCGGUGCAGACGGGAGAAAGCCUGGCUCGCUCGUUUCUUAGGACAGUGAGUUAGGGGAUGGCUUUUGCAGAGCAUUCACCACGGACCCCUCGGCGGCGGGACCUCUGCAGCCGUUCUAUCUGGCUAGCGAGGAAGAUCCGUUCAGACCUGACUGCUCUUACGGAAUCUUACGUGAAGCACCAGGGUCUGAACAAGAACAUCAGCCUGGACUCGGUGGACGGCGUGCCCACGGCCAGCACUGACCAGUGGAGCGAGCUGACCGAGGCAGAACGGUUCCAGGAGAACCUCCAGGCUUACCGUACCUUCCAUGUCCUGUUGGCCAGGCUCUUGGAAGACCAGCAGGUGCACUUCACCCCAACGGAGAGCGACUUCCAUCAAGCCAUACACACUCUUGGGCUCCAAGUUUCUGCCUUUGCCUACCAGCUGGAGGAGCUGAUGGUGCUCCUGGAGCACAAGAUCCCCCCACAUGAGGCCAGUGGGAUGCCUGUUGGCGACGGUGGGCUCUUUGAGAAGAAGCUGUGGGGCCUGAAGGUGCUGCAGGAGCUUUCCCAGUGGACCGUGAGGUCCAUCCAUGAUCUGCGUGUCAUCUCUUCUCGGCAGGUGGGGAUCCUAGCACAUGAGAGCCGGUACUUUGCUAAGGAUAAGAAAAUGUAGCAAGUAGCCCUCCCACUUCCUUACUUCCCUUCUGAUGGAAGGCACGUAGUUCUCUGUGGCCACAUCUUCCCAUCUUCGGCUUUUGAAAAGCUUUAAGGCCUUUUGUCAAGUAGGACUGCCGAUGUGGAGGAGGGGCGUGCAGGACCAGUCUGGAGUGGGCGUGCGCAUGUGUCAGGGCAGAAGGAGUGAGCCUUCUGCCACCCCAGUGUUCUAACCUUUCUACCCACUAAGUGACCUUUUCCGUGGCAGCCUUACAGGCCCCAAAAUACUUUAACUCCAGUACUAAACAACUUCUGAGAAGACUAAACCAAUAAGUCAAAACCAGUGUGCUGUAGCUAUUCAAGCUCUUAGGUAAUAAAAAUAAUAAUGGUUAACAUUUA